AGGAAAAGUUCAGGUUGGGGAAAAGAAGGAACUUCCUCUCGGUCGUCUGAGCGAAGCUGCCUUCCUGCCGCAGUGGCCGGGCCUCAACUUAAUUCACCAGUAUUGGACAAGACUCACUAACCAUGGACGAUUCAGUUCCUGAUACCCCGGUUAGCGACAAAAAAGUCAUUCACAAUACGCCGCCCGGGAGAGAAGACGAAGGAUAUGAAACUGUCGCCACUGUUCCGCUGCCAAACUUUCAACAGCCCGCAACCCAGUCCCUGACCCCGGCGACCCAACGUCUAACACAACCAACACAGAUUAUAGAACCGCCCUAUUCUGCGAAGGGCAAUUCAGUCAUUCAAGUUGCUGCAUCUUCCCCGCCCGGUCCUACAUCCUCUCCUUCUCGUCCUGCCUUGCCCGGCGGUCGCCUUGCCAGCGCAAUGGCCCCCAGCGGUACCCUGUUCCGCCCCCCUGCGGUAGGCCCUGCGAAGCGUGCGCCGGUAAUAGAUCUUGAGGAUGACGGCCCAACGUACCGUGGAGGGUCUUCGGACGACGAUGACAUUCAAAUGACAAGCAGCACUGACAUCAAGCCGUCCUUGUUUGCCAAAUCUUCGCGGAACCCCGAAAAAGUUUUGGACUCACCGGGAGGCGCAAAUAAUUCUUCUUUCGACCGAUUUAAAGAGAUUACCGCGUCCGCCGUCUAUAAUCCAUCGAGCGCAAAACGCCCUGCAGCUCAAAUGGACCCUGUACCAAAAGGGACUGCGGUCAAGAAGCUUCGGCAAGAUGGGCCCUCCCGCGCGCAGCCGGUGCAGCUGGAUAUAUCGUCUUUACAGGAUAUUGAAGACUAUCAGUUGAGGGCCAAGGUAGAGAAGAUGCAAAGAGUGAUCCCACAAAAAUCCGUUAAAGCUUGCAUGCAAGCUCUUUUAACGAAGCGUGGAAAUUACGACGAUGCUCUGGAUUACCUGGCUAGCAUGGUUGAAGGUGAAGCAGAUGGAACAGCCGACUUGUCGGACGAUGAAUUGGCUUUGAAUAAAAGAGCCUCUCCCGUUGCGCCGGCGAAGCAGCAGAUCAAAGCUCGAGGAACUAUUCAGAAUAAAUGGGCUGCGAUGCGCCUGGAGAAUCGCAGCACCCCGAAGGCACCUGCGCAACCGUCCGACGAAGAAUCCAAACCAAGGAGACGUUUAAUUAGAGGGCCAAAGGCCCGUGUGUCUUCCCCGAGUCCAGAUCGCUCAGAGUCUCCUCCGAAAAAGAAGCCCGGCCGACUUAUUCAAGGGCGGAAGCAGCCAUCGCCCGAACCUUCAGAACCCGAGGCAUCCAUGUCCGAUGACUCAGAUUCUGGUGUAGAAGCUAUUCCGGAGGGUGAGAGUGCAUUGGAGACCAGGGUUCUCAGGUUCUUCAAUACAUGCAAUGUCCUUGACCUUGCGGACAUUGCCGCAAUCACCGAAGAUGUUGCGAAUGUCAUAAUUUCUAACCGACCUUUUGCGACUCUGGACGAAGUACGCGUCGUCACUGCGCCUACGACGGAGCAAACCGCGAAGCCAAAGGGUAGUCGUGGGCGUAAAACGCCCAAGCCUAUUGGUGAUAAAAUUGUGGACAAAUGCAUGGAUAUGUGGGUUGGGUACGAAGCUGUUGAUUCGUUGGUGGCGAAAUGUGAGGCGCUUGGAAAGCCGAUUGCAUCGGAAAUGAAAAAAUGGGGCGUCGAUAUCUUUGGAAAGCGUGAUGGGGAAUUGGAGCUGACAUCGAUCAACCCCGGGGCAUCGCAUGACUCUGGCAUCGGUACCCCUGCCAGUCAGCGUUCAGAGGAUGAUAGUGAUGGUCCUGCGACUGGCUCCCGUAAAAGCCGAUUCAUAUCCCAGCCUGGUAUUAUGCGCGAAGACUUGAAGAUGAAGGAUUAUCAAAUCGUCGGGAUUAAUUGGUUGUCGUUGCUCUUCGAGAAAGAAUUGAGCUGUAUCCUGGCGGACGAUAUGGGUCUUGGGAAGACUUGCCAGGUCAUUGCAUUUUUGGCCCAUCUGUUUGAGAAGGGCAUCAAGGGGCCGCACCUCAUCGUCGUGCCUUCGUCCACAAUCGAGAACUGGCUUCGAGAGUUUCAAAAGUUCUGCCCAGCCCUCUCCGUUAUGCCAUACUAUGCUGGCCAGGCUGAGCGCGCAGUGAUUCGAGAAACGAUCGAGGACAACAGGGACAGCAUCAACGUUAUUGUCACUACGUAUACCAUUGCCAAAGCCAAGGUGGAUGCACACUUCCUGCGCAAUAUGGACUUCACCGUUUGUGUGUAUGACGAGGGACAUAUGCUUAAGAGUUCUACGUCUGUUCUCUAUGAGAAAUUGAUCAGAAUCCGGGCUCGCUUUAGGCUUCUUUUGACAGGUACACCACUCCAGAACAAUCUCCAGGAACUUGCCUCUCUUCUGGGCUUUAUUCUUCCGAAGGUUUUCCAGGAGCGCAAGGAAGAGCUUCAGAAUAUCUUUGCAAACAAGGCGAAGACCGUGGAUGAAUCCCACUCUGCCUUGCUUUCUGCACAACGCAUCGAAAGAGCAAAGUCAAUGCUUAAGCCUUUUGUACUGCGACGCAAGAAACACCAGGUCAUUGAUCUGCCCCCCAAGAUUUCUAAAGUUGAAUAUUGUGAGUUAAACGAGUCCCAGAGGGAAAUUUACGAACAUGAGCAAGAAGAGGUCCGUAAGCUGUUAGCCGACCGAGCAGCCGGAAAGAAGACAGGCAACAAGUCUGCAAAUAUCCUGAUGAAGCUACGCCAGGCAGCUAUCCAUCCAUUGCUAUACAGGCGUCACUACAAUAACACUACAUUGAGCCGCAUGGCGAAAGCUUGCCUCAAAGAAGAGCAGUGGUCCCUGUCAAACCCGGAUAUCAUUUAUGAAGAGCUACUGGCAUAUAAUGACUUCGAAUGCCACACUAUGUGCGUGAACUAUCCUAAAUCGCUUGGGAAGUUUGCGCUGAAAAACAAUGAAUGGAUGGACUCGGGUAAAAUCGAUAAGCUUUGUGAACUGCUGAAGCGAUUCAAGGAAAACGGUGAUCGCACUCUGAUCUUCUCCCAAUUCACUAUGGUGAUGGAUAUCCUCGAACACGUUCUUGAAAACCAGCACCUUGGUUUCGUUAGACUUGAUGGCCGGACGAACGUCGAGGAUCGCCAGUCCAUCCUCGAUGCGUUCCAUGAACGGACAGAGAUUCCGGUGUUCCUCCUCUCCACAAAAGCCGGUGGCGCAGGUAUCAACUUGGCCUGUGCCAACAAAGUGGUGAUCUUCGACUCGAGCUUCAACCCUCAGGAAGAUGUACAAGCCGAGAACCGCGCUCAUCGUGUGGGCCAAACACGCGAGGUGGAAGUCAUCCGACUCGUUACCAAGGACACAAUCGAAGAACAGAUCUACGCACUAGGACAGACGAAACUGGCUCUCGAUCAAGCCGUAGCAGGCGAGGAUGCCGCCGAGUUGAAGAAGAGUGAAGAAGCAGGCAUGAAAGCCGUCGAGGAUAUGCUCAUUGCCGGCUCAAAUGGAGAGAAACAGAACUCCUCAUGAGAGCAUGUCCUUGAAGA